UGAUAGCUAGAGAGAAGUCGGGGAGGAGUAAAGGGUUUUUCUUUGCAGUCGUUCGUCAUAUGAUUAAAAGUCCAGCGGAAAACUGAAAAUGUUGCGGAGUUGCGUGGUUUUUUCGCUGUUCAUUGCAGCCAUUCAUGCUGCGGGCGAGUUCUCGGUCCUGAACAGCCCCAAGGCGAUCACCUUCAAGGGCAACGAUGCCUUGGAGAGCAACUACCUCGGCGAUGUUCUAUAUGCUUGCAUGGGCAACUCUGUGAUUGGUGACUCAAACUGGAACGGCGUGACCAUCAACGAUCCCUUUAAUCUGGCCAAGGGCGUUAUCGUGGUCCACGUUAAGGGCACUGGUCACGUGACCACCUCCGGUAAUGUGAAGACAUACGAGCUGACAGGAUCUCGCACUGAUGCCUCGUUGAAUGCCCUGGCUGCCGAGCUGGAGGCCUCCAACGAGCCCGUCUGCGACAUCAACUUUGAGCAGUUUGACGAUGGUGUCCAGGCUUGGAAGUCCUGCUUUGGAGACUUCGAGGUUCCCGCCGCCAAGCCCACCAAGCACUUGAGCCCCACCCUGCACUCUGCCGACAAACAGUUCCUUCUGGAGAUUGGUCACAUCAACGGCGCUGCCGACCAUCUGGCUGAGAUGGCCAAGCCCUCGAACGUUUUGGUUCUGCGCGUCUCCGUCGAUGGAGUUGCUAAGGCCCAUGGAGAAAAGUCCGUGGCUAUGGAAGAGGCCAACAAACUGCUCUCCGCCGCCAUCAGCCGUCUGCUGGCCGCCUCCCAGAAGUCCAGCGACUCUGUUCUGUUCAUCCAGUCCACAGAGAAGGAUGUGGCUGCGUCGCGGGCCAAGCGUGAUACUUUAAAUGCCGAUACCAAGAACCCCUUCAAUCUGGCCACCUAUUACGGCAGCGACUACCCCGUGAUCUUCAACAUCAUCCUCUGGUUCAUGGUUGUUUUCGGCCUGUCUUUGCUGGCCAUCUGCUACGCCAUCGCCGCCAUGGAUCCCGGCAGGGACUCCAUCAUCUACCGCAUGACCUCCACCCGCAUCAAGAAGGACAACUAAGCGGGAGGUGCUUUGGGCGGUGGCCCACUUAUUCUUUGUUAUUUCGUCCCCAUUUUAGUUAAAAUCUGCCAACUUGUACUUCAAUUCAAAGAAAGAAAGAAAAAAAACAGAAAUCAGCGCCGUAAUUGUGUGUGUGUGUGUGCGUGCAAUUGUCGCUGUAGUUGGCUAAUAUCUUUAAUAUAAGUAUUAAAAACUUAUCAGUUUUCGAUGCAGUUGCGGCUGAGCAAUAAUUCCAUAGUAAUUUGUUACAUUUUCCUGUUUUGUUGUACUUUUUAGGUUCAUAUAUAUAUUAUAUAUACGAUAAUGCACAACAUACUCGCCAAGUCAGUCAGUUCUUUGUCAAACUAAUCCAUCAUUGUGUAAAUUAUCAAUAUUUCGAGCGUUAAAGAGUAAUGUUACAAAUAUAUAAAGCCUAAAAAGACA